AUGGCUCGUACUAAGCAAACAGCUCGUAAAUCUACUGGUGGUAAGGCCCCUCGUAAGCAAUUAGCUACCAAGGCUGCUCGUAAGUCUGCCCCCUCUACUGGUGGUGUUAAGAAGCCCCACAGAUACAGACCUGGUACUGUCGCUCUUCGUGAAAUCCGUCGUUAUCAAAAGUCUACUGAACUCUUGAUUCGUAAGCUUCCUUUCCAACGUCUUGUUCGUGAAAUUGCUCAAGAUUUCAAGACUGAUUUGCGUUUCCAAUCUUCUGCUAUCGGUGCUCUUCAAGAAGCCUCUGAAGCUUACUUGGUCUCUCUCUUUGAAGAUACCAACUUGGCUGCUAUCCAUGCUAAGCGUGUCACUAUCCAACCUAAGGAUAUUCAAUUGGCUCGUCGUCUUCGUGGUGAACGUUCUUAAAAAGCUUAUCAAUGUUUUUAAUAAUAUAUAUUUUUAAGAAUACCCCUUUCUACUAUUGAUUUUUAUUUUUUUUUUUUUAAGAAAAAAAAAAGGCAAAUAUCAUUUAUUCAAUUCAAAUUCAAC